AUGGCUUCAUUCGGCGACGCGACCAUGCCUUCCACACGGCGGACGCGCAAGUCCAUCGGCGCACCGACGACGUCGAGGAAGGGAACCGACAAGGAGAAUGCGACCAUCGACGUCGGCACCACACUUGCAGAGAGUCGUAAGAAGUCGCGAAGCAAGAGCAUUGGCCCCGGCGGCCUGGACGCCCUCAAAAAUGCAAAUGGCAACCGCAGAGCAUCCCUCGCCGUGCCGUCACGGCCCCCGCCGCGAUCGAUUUUGAAGCCCACGAUGCCGCUUCUGCCCGAGAUCCCACCACACCGCAAGCGCAACGCAGACCUUAUCGACCUGGGACCGCCCCGGGCCAGCACCCCCUCGAACACAUCCACCGGCAACUCCACCGGCAGCUCGUCUGGUUCUAAGAUUGCCUUGCGCACGGAGGAAGAGCAGCAGGCCGCAUCUAGAGAACGAGAGGAGCGAGAGCGCAGAGAUGCGCGACGCAAGUCGCUUGCCAACCGCAGAGUAUCAUUUGCCGCCGAGGCGACCCUUCACACAUUCCACGAGAUUGAGUUCAACCAAGACUCGACAGCGUCAACAGACUCGACGCGACGUGCAUCUAGCGCAAAUGGAAAGGGAUCUGAUCGGGCGUCCACGCCGCAAGAGCAGGUGGACGAGAUAGUUCCCGAGUCACCAGAUAACCAGAGAGAGCUCCAUCAGAAGAAGCGCAGGCGCAGUUCCACCGCAAAUCUGAUGGACUUCACCGACGAUGAGAACACGGCCGCAUCCGGUUUUAGCUCGGAUUCUGAGCCUGCUGAUGCGGUAGAGGAGGUGGAUGGAGAUGAAGAGGUCGAGGACUCGGACUCCAACAGCGAUUCUUCGGAUGACGAUGGCACGAUGAUGACCAUCGACGACAAUGAGGUCACUGGCGCAUCAGUCAUGUCUGGUCGUACGGUCGCAUCGGAUGACGAGAACGACACCCUGGAUGAGGCUCUGAGGAUGGCUGCGCGACAAGCAGGAACUCAACGACUUGGCUCCGAUGAUGACGAAGAGGAGGAGGAAGUCAUUCCUUCCUUCGGCUGGAUCAAGAAGAAGCCACAGGAUGAGGGUGCCAAGGACCAGGAGAAGGCCCCCCCCCCGCCUGCGCGCAACAGUCCUCCCGAAGACGAAGACGACGAUGACAUGGAUAUGGACAUGGACAUCACCUCAGCAGUUGGUGGCAUUAUGAAAGAUAAGACCUCUCAGAGUGCUUCUGACCCCAACGAGGACAUGUCGAUGGAUGUCACACGUGCUAUCGGCGGUAUUCUUUCUCGAGUCAACCAACAAGCCGCCGAGCCGAGCCAGGAAGACCAAACCAUGGAGUUUACUACCGCCGUUGGAGGUAUCCAAAAACAGAAUCCUAACGACACCCUGUUCGAUGAGGGUGAAGAUGAGGACAUGUCUAUGGAGUUUACAACUGCCAUUGGCGGUCUUCUGCCGUCCCAGGCCAAGAGAGACACCUCCCAGAAGCGUCGCAGGACCAUGACUACGCGCGACAACUCGGUCAUGGACGAGUCAACAAUGGACAUGGACAUGACUGUUGCCAUGGGUGGCAUCCUCCCUGCGGCUGAUAAGACGCUUCAUGGUGAUGAGACCUUGGGUAUGGACAUGACUGUUGGACUGGGCCGGAUCAUGUCAUCGCCAGACAAGCCGAUGGAAGAAGAUGACGCUACAGGGGGCAUGGACAUGACCGUUGGCGUUGGGAAGAUUCUUGGCGCUGCUACCGCUUCUCCGGAGAAGGAUGAGCCUACCAUGGACAUGGAUAUCACCACAGCUGUUGGAGGUAUUCUGCCUACUUCUGAGGCGGCUGAAGCAGAGGACGCCACGAUGGGCAUGGACAUGACCACCGCUGUUGGAGGCAUCAUCGAAGGACCUCAAUCACCAGAGGCCCGGAUUGCCGCCAAGAAGCUCAUGGAGGAGGAGGUCGACAAGCCCGACACGCCCUCCAAGACCAUGUCCGUGAAGCCAGCAUCGCCUGCAAAGAAGCUUGCUGCGUCCGUCAAGAAGAACCCCCCGGCAGACAGCCCCGGUUUCAACCCGUUCCAAGGCAGAAGCCUCCGCAACAGCAUGCCUCGUGCGAGCCUCUUUGGCGAGUCGCCAGCCAGAAGUCCUUCCAAAAGCCCAGAGAGGAGUACCAGGACACCUAGCCCACCGAAGUCUGCAGCGCCACCACCAGUGGCCACGACUCCGUUGGACAGCUCGCCAGUCAAGACACCCCAGUCUUCCAAGAAGCGAGGACGGCCCAAGUCACCGACCAAGUCGCUCCCCAAGUCUGCUUCAAAAUCACCAACGAGAAAGCCCGCGACACCAUCACUUGAAAAUACUGCCAACCGUUUGAACGUCUUUCAGCAAGAUCCAGCAACUGGAGCAAGGACGCCCACUGUUGUUCUCACUCCCCAACCCCGCAGGCAUUCUGGUGUCGGCGCAGACAAGCCAGGGCUGGGAUCACCCCGCGUUGCUGCUAUUCUUGACCGACGAGGAUCUCUUGGCGAAGCCGCCCAGCAGUUCGUACCUGGAAAGACCCGCGGAGUUACCUUUGGGGAUCCAAAGGUCAUUGAGAUUGAAGUCGACAGAGACCGCCAAGAUGAAGAAGACAAAGAGAACGGCCGUACAAUCCUCGAGCGCGAGGCGGAUGGCGAAAAUGAGAAGGACGCAACGCUCAACCUUAGAGAAAUGAUUGACAGCUUGAGCCCGAAGAAGAAGCGCCUCCAGGGUCGCAAGAGUCUCCACGUUGGAAGCGCCAAGGGCCUGCUUGGCAAGCGUCCUGCCGAGCUUGACGACGAGGAGGAGCGCGAAGACAACGACGGCGUCAAGAGACUCAAGGGACACCAAGGAAGUCCUGUGAAAAACGUCAAGUUGGCCCAGCCCCCUAGCAAGGCCGAGACUACUGGUCGCAGAUUGACUCGUUCUUCCCAACGCUUCUUGGAGGAAGACACGACAACUAAGGUAACCCCGACACAUUCCGAGUCGCCAUUGAAGAGUGGGAGCACGGCCAAGUCUCCUCACGGACAAGGACGCUUCAGAGAUGUUGAGGAUGAUACCGCCACUCACCCCAUGAACCUCGAUGGCUCGCCUGUCCGACCCGACAAUGAGCUCAUGAACGACGAGUCUGAGGAGCGCAUUCAUCUUCAGGACUUCCUCAACAUGACUUCCAUCCGCUUCAUGGAGUUGACGACGACAAAGCGGAGGCAUACUCAGGCACCAGACAUGUUUAGAGAAAUGGGUGGGAAAGAGGAUUUGUCUUUGGAGCGUUGUGUGGUCGCCGGCGCUUGCACGGUGCCCAUGCUGGAACUUUACCAACACUCUUGCCGCGAACUGAAGAAGUACAUUUCCGAGGGACGCAGAAUCGUUCGAGAGAUUGAGUCCGAGACCUUUGAGGAGAAUCCGCCUCUCUUCCGGGAGUAUAUGUCCGCCUCUCCCGACUUCAAGAAUAUCCUCGACAACCAGUUCAAGAACGGCAAGACCCAUGCCCGUCUUGAGAGCAAGGCCAUGUGGUACGAGUGGCGAAUGAAGCUCCAGGAGGGUCUGAAGGAGGGGCUUAUCAGGAUUGCCGAGGGCAUGAAAACCGAUGAGAAGGUUCUCCAGCAGCAACAAAAGCUGCUCGCCUCUACCCUUCCUGCGAUCGUUUCUCGUUUCACCGAACUUGAGCAAGAGUACAGCAACCUGCAGGCCGUCGCCAAUGAACUGGCGGACUGCGACCCAGAGGAACUCGAGACCGCCAGGGCUGAUCUCGCCGAGGUCGAAAGCGACGUUCAGGAAAAGACUCAACUCAUUGCCGAGCUCCGACAAGAACUCGAGGAUGCCGAGCGUGGUGUUGAGGCCCUCACGCAGGAGAAGCAGCAGUGCCACGAGGACAUCAAGGAAGCGGAGAAGAUUCGCGAGGAGUGCCGAGGCUGGUCGACAGGUGAAAUCAGUGCACUCAAGGGCCGAGUCGAUGCCCUGGAGAAACAGCACGGUUGGGCCGUCACCGGCGUUUCCGGCAGCCAAAUCUCCAUGACAUACCUCCGUGAGAUUGAGAUCGUGUUCGACAUUGCAUCCUUCCAGCCCCGGAAGAAGAACGCGAGGAUCGACCUGUGGUAUAUUGCCGCGAAUCGCGCAUCCAAACCCGUGCCGUCAACGCCGGAGAAGGAGUUUUUCCUGGAAUGCAUUCGGGACCACAUUCGUGGCCUGCCGCAGAGCCGCACUAAAAUUGCGGAUCUCCUCCACAUGGUUCGCACUGCGUGGAACAAGGCUAAUUCCACCUCCAACCAUGUCCGUCGGCUGAACAUCACCUUCCCGACCACAGUGGCGAGAGUUUCUGACUCGUCUAUCGCGGUCAAGUCUUCACUUCUCAUGGCGCCGCUGGAGACCAAGGUGGAGAUUGCCCUCGAGAUCAGGGGAGCGAGCAAGCCUGACGGCGUCGAUUUCUCGCUUCACCCUGAGGCGACAGUCGUGUACGGGGAGCAUUUCAACACCCCAAAGAUUGCGGAGUUCUUGUCCACCCAUUUGGGUGAGGCUGCCUUUUCUCAAGAGGAAGGCGCCCCUUCAUGGAGCGAUGUGGUCGUGGACCUUCACGAGAGACUUUUGGCGAGAGGGAAGAAGCAGUAG